UCUUUCGCCCCAUCCUCCUCUACUGUUGGCCUCCACUCCUCUUUCUAUCAACAAUCCUUCCCUCCUCAACUUUGACCACUAUCUGUCCUCAACUUACACCGCACACCGACCCGAUUCCGCGUGGCACUCCUUCCUCAACUUUCUUCCUCUAGCAAACACGAUUCGCAAUGACCGACGACUCUUCGGACCGUAGGAAGCGAAGCAAGUGGGACGAGCCUCAAAGAAGCACUUCCCAUGGCGGCCGAGAUCGCGUUAGGGACUACAGAGAUCGGGAACCCGAGAGAGGGAAAUCAGUUAGCAGUCGCGGCGCUUCUCGUUGGGAUGACCGUCGCUCUCGCUCUCCCAAUCCCCACAACCAAUUUUCUUCCACUCGAGACGAUCGCCGGAGAAGCCGAAGUCCCCCUUCUGUUAGCAGAUCUACCGAGAGCCCUCCUGUUGAACCGGCAAAAGAGUCGAAGCCUGACCCAGCGGCCGCAGCAGCUGCUGCAGCUGCCCGUAUCAACGCUCAGAUUCAAGCGAAGCGCGGUAUACAACACGUAGAUGUGCCGCCCAUCCGUUCUAGCGCCGGAAAAUCAUCCAGCCCGCCGAGCACAACAACAUUCAAUAGUGACAUGUAUAUCGCAGAUGGUGACUACAUUAAAGACAUAGAAGUUAAUGACCUUCGCAACCGAUACACACUGACAAAAGGCGCUACUCAGAAAAUGAUUAAAGAGGAAACUGGCGCCGAUGUUACCACCCGCGGCGCCUACUAUCCUGACAAGUCUAUGGCUACUCCUCAGAAUCCACCACUCUACCUACAUAUCACUAGCACUACCAAGGAAGGGUUAGAGAAAGCUGUGUCAAAGAUUGAGGAGCUCAUGAAGCAGGAUCUUCCGAAUCUUGUUGACGAACGCCGAUUCAAGAGGAGGGAGCCACCAGAGCCCGUUGAGCGGGAUGAGUAUGGAAGGCGCAAAUGGCCUGAAGAAAAGAUUCCCGUUAAUCUUGAGCCCAUUCCAGGCUUUAACCUUCGGGCAGCCGUUGUCGGACAUGGUGGCCAAUAUGUUAAACAUAUUCAGCAGGAGACACGUUGUAGGGUGCAGAUUAAAGGCCGUGGGUCUGGUUUUAUGGAACAUGGUCUUGGCCACGAGAGCGACGAGCCGCUCUAUCUACAUGUGACUGGGCCUGAUCCACGAGAAGUUCAGAGGGCAAAGGAGCUUUGUGAUGAUCUUCUAACCUCAGUCAAAUCUCAGUACGAGGAUCAUAAGAAGCAACCUCAACCUAUCCGUUUCCUUAAUUAUGGGGGAGGUAACAACGUCAAUCCUUAUACUUCGUCCAUGUCAGGACACGGCCAACCACAAGGACAGAACCAAGGUCAUAACCCCCACAGCUUAAAUCACAGUCAUGGGCAACCGGCCUCUCCACCACCCCCUCCGCCUUCCGCCCCCCCCCCCCAACAGGCGGCAGUAGCGGCAUCUGGGGCGCCGGGGGCUCAUGGCGCAUCUCACGUUAACCCCUAUGCCGCAUAUUACGGAGGAGCAGAACCUUAUGCUCCGUAUGGCGGAUACCAGGCAUACAUGCAAUACUGCCAAGCGUAUUAUGGUCAGCAACAGCCCCAGGCCCCUGGUGCAUCGACGUACUCGGCCAUGCCCGCCAGUAGUCCCCCACCACCUCCUCCCCCAGCGGGCAAUCCCCCACCUCCACCUCCACCUCCCCCAUCUUACAAUGCUGUGAGGCCGCCAGGAGUAUGAACAGAUUUUCAGGGGUUGUGUCUGAAUAAGGUUGGCAAA